CACGAAUGCUCCCUUGCAAGUCCGCUCGUUCCUUACCCUUAUCUGGUCGCAGUCCUUCGUUUCGGCUUGCAAAGUCAAUUGCUUAUACCUCAUCAUGUCUGCGACGGCGACAGCUGAUCCCAUAAAUCAGAGUGGGGCAACAUCGAAAUCCAAAAAGAAGAAGAACAGGAAGAAAGGCAGCGCCGCCGCCAAUAAGGCGGAAGAGACAGAGAAGGCCAACGGGAAUCUCUCCAAGGAAGAAGCAGAGGACCACGAGGAAGAUGGAGAGGAUGACGACGAGCAGGCUAAGCCCGCCGCGCAAACCGCCGAUCCAGACGACGAUAUAGAUGACGACGACCUACCGCAUUCUCCUACAAUUAUUCAGACAAACGGCCUAUCUCCAUCUCCACCAUCGCCCUCAGACACCAGCGCACGACUCGACGCCAUAGCGAAGGAACGAGAUGCGUUACGGCAGGAAGUUACAGGGCUACGGAAGAGUUUGGAGAAUAUACAGAGCAAGCAUGAAGCCGCAGCUAGAGGGGAUGAUGUAUCGUCCAAGUACGAGGAAGAGAUCAGAACUCUAAGGGACGAGCUGGACGAAGCAAAUGAGGGCAAGGAUCAUUUUGAGACACAGUACAAGAACCUGCUAGGGAGGGUCAACACAAUCAAGACAAGUCUAGGCGAUCGACUGAAGGCCGAUGCGGUUAGUAGCCCCAGACGAAUGGCUUGUUGCGUUUUGAAAACUGCGGAGCGGAUUGCUGACCUGUCGUAGGCCAGAAUCGAGGAGUACCAAACAGAAGUUUCGGAGCUUGAAGAACAGAAUCGCGAACUACAGGUGAACAACGACACCCUCAGUGAAGAGCUUUCCAAAAUACGACAGGAGCGGGAUACCCAAGC